AUGAAGCAGAGAUUCUCCUCGUUGGAUGUCAAGGUCAUUGCGCACGAGCUCCAACAGUGCUUGGUCAGCUUGCGCCUGUCCAAUAUAUACGACCUCUCCUCCAAAAUCCUCCUUCUAAAAUUUGCCAAGCCCGACAACAAGAAGCAGCUCGUGGUCGAUACCGGUUUCCGCACCCAUCUGACCGAGUUUGGACGUACAACUGCCGCGGCACCCUCGGCAUUUGUCGCUCGGUUGCGAAAAUGUCUAAAGACGAGGCGGUUGACGUCAGUGUCGCAAGUGGGCACUGACCGUAUCUUGGAAUUCACGUUCAGCGAUGGGCAAUAUCGGUUGUUCCUGGAGUUCUUCGCGAGUGGCAACAUUAUUCUCACCGACGCCGAACUCAACAUCCUCGCUCUCUCGCGCAAUGUUGCCGAGAAUGAAGGCGGCCAAGAAUCACAGCGUGUUGGUCUCAAGUACUCGCUCGAGAACCGGCAAAACUAUGAGGGCAUCCCGGACCUGACCAAAGAGCGCGUGCGUACCGGGCUCGAGAAAGCCGCCGAACGAACAAAGGCUGCCUCUGCGGUUGCCAAGAAGGGGAAACCCAAGACGGGUGCCGAAUUAAGGAAGGGUCUGGCCUCCUUCAUCUCCGAGACACCGCCAGUCCUCAUCGAGUACACGCUGUUGGCCAAUGGAUUCGAGAUGGCGACGCCUAUUUCCGAGAUCUUGGCAAAUGAGUCCAUAUUUGACGAGUUGUUCAAGUCUCUGGAAGAGGCGCGCAAGACUGUCGAGAACAUCACCUCGGGGGACAAGUGCAAGGGGUACAUCUUUGCAAAGUACCGCGCGGCACCAUCAGGGGACAGCGCCGAAGCGUCGGACAGGUCGAACCUCUUAUACGAGGACUUUCAUCCUUUCCUGCCCCAGAAGCUAGCCAGCGACCCUGAAAUAAAGGUCCUGGAGUAUCCCGAUUACAACCAGACAGUUGAUGAGUUCUUCUCCUCCCUGGAGGGACAGAAGCUCGAAUCGCGCCUCAGCGACCGAGAAGCGACAGCAAAGCGGCGGAUGGAAAUGGCCAAGCAAGAACAGGCCAAACGCAUCGAGGAUCUGCAAGAAGCGCAAGCGUCAAACUUCCGAAAGGCAGAGGCCAUCGAGACGAAUGUGCAGAGGGUCCAGGAAGCGAUGGAUGCCGUGAAUGGGCUCAUCGCGCAAGGGAUGGACUGGGUCGACAUCAGCAAGUUGGUGGAACGCGAGAAGAAGAAGCAGAACCCUGUGGCUGCUAUCAUCAAGACACCCCUCAAGCUUGAUGAGAAUGUGAUUACCCUUUCACUGGCUGAGGAAGAUUUCGAAGAGGAAGAAGAUGAGGAUCCGUUUGAGACCGACGAUGAGGACGAUGAAGACGGCGCGCCGGAAAAGAACAAGCCUGCCGCAUCUGUCAAAGCCAUUGAAGUCGACAUCAACUUAUCACUGAGCCCUUGGAGCAAUGCUCGCGAGUACUACGAAGAGAGGCGAACAUAUGCGGUGAAGGAAGAGAAGACACAGGCAUCCUCUGGAAAGGCCCUGAAAAACACAGAGGCCAAGAUUCAAGACGAUCUGAGAAAAGGCUUGAAGCAGGAAAAGGCGCUAUUGCAACCGAUCCGUAAGAUGAUGUGGUUCGAAAAGUUUAUUUGGUUCAUAUCCUCGGAUGGAUAUCUCGUACUCGGCGGCAAAGAUGCGACUCAGAACGACAUGCUGUACAAGCGCUAUCUCCGUAAGGGCGACAUCUAUUGUCACGCUGAUCUGCACGGCGCGUCGAGCGUGAUCGUCAAGAACAACCCAAAGACGCCUGAUGCGCCAAUACCGCCCCAGACCCUCUCGCAGGCCGGCUCCUUGUCUGUCUGCACGUCAAACGCAUGGGAUUCCAAGGCGGGAAUGGGCGCUUGGUGGGUCAAUGCGGAUCAAGUGUCCAAAUCCGCGCCUACGGGAGAGUUCCUACCACAAGGCAGCUUCAUGAUCCGCGGAACCAAGAACUUCCUCCCACCGACGCAGCUUCUGAUGGGCUUGGGGUUCGUGUUCCGCAUCAGCGAGGAGAGUAAGGCGAAGCAUGUCAAGCACAGGCUCAAUGGGGUUGAUGAUGGCGAUGCCAGCGCGGGUGCUAGCCGUAAGAAAACUGAUACCGAAGCUGCAGCUCUGGAGCAUCCUGUCGUCGAGCCUCGGAGCGUAGAGGAUGAUGCCUCAGACAUGGGCGAUAAGACCGCCGACGAGUCCGACAACGGCGAAGAGGCGGACGAGAAACGCGAUAACCCCUUGCAAGAGGCUGGCAGCAAGCGUGAGGAGGACAAGGAGGACGACGACGAGGACGUCGAUGCAGCAGAAGAAGGGGUUCAAGAUCUGCAGAUUGGUGCAGACAAGCAGGAGGCAGAGGAAUCCAAAGACGAAGGCAGGGAUGACAAAGAGGUUAGCAGUCCUGAAGAUGCCGCUACGCCUUCGGUCCCAGAGACGUCGGAAACACCCACGCAAGCAUCAGGGCAACAGCAAGCCGGCAACAAGUCCAAGCAGCCACAGCAACCAGUCCGCAAACGUGGGCAAAAGGCGAAAGCCAAGAAGAUCGCCGCCAAAUACAAGUACCAAGACGAAGAGGACCGUCUGGCGGCCGAGGCCCUCAUCGGUGCCAAAGCAGGGCAGGAGAAGGCGCAGGCCGAAGCCAAGGCGAAAGCCGAACGCGAGGCGGAAAUCGCGUUCCAGAGGGAGAGGAGGAGAGCUCAGCACCGGAAGACGCAGAAGGAAACAGCCGAGCAUGAGGAACUCCGAAAGGUCAUGAUGGAAGAGGGUGUCGAGCUCCUGGACGAUGACGAGGCACAGAAGGCGACUUCUCUGGAUGAGCUCGUCGGCACACCCUUGCCCGGGGACGAGAUCUUGGAGGUGAUUCCCGUGUGCGCGCCGUGGGGUGCCUUGGGCAGGUACAAGUACAAGGCUAAGCUGCAGCCGGGCUCGACGAAGAAGGGCAAGGCCGUCAAGGAGAUCCUGGAGCGCAUCAAAUUCGAGAGCGGCAAGAAGGGCGCAGUCGACCCGCAGGGCAAGGACUCGGACAAGAUGUGGCCCCGCGAGGUCGAGCUUCUCAAGGGUAUCAAGGCCGAGGAAGUCGUCAACAGCAUCCCGGUUGGCAAGGUCAGGGUGAUGCUCCCUGGUGCCACGGGAGGAGGAAAAGGAGGCGGCAAUGCCAAGGCGAAGAAAAGAGGCGGCAAGAAAUAG